AUGGACAAGAGCUGUAGCCCGCCUGGCUGUUUAUUCUGUCUCACGCCGCCGCCGCCUCCGUGCGUGCGGACGCCGCAGCCCGUGGACGCGCCUGUCAUCUGGAGGAAACUCCUCCCUGCAGACAGCGCGUCCUGCCGCCUUCCCAGCGCAAUGGUCUCCUGGAUCAUCUCUAGACUCGUGGUACUUGUUUUUGGUACACUAUAUCCUGCAUAUUCGUCUUUUAAAGCUGUGAAGUCAAAAGAUGUGAAAGAAUAUGUGAAAUGGAUGAUGUACUGGAUAAUAUUUGCCCUCUUCAUGGCGGUGGAGGUAUUUACAGAUCUAUUUUUAUGCUGGAUUCCGUUCUACUAUGAACUCAAGAUAGCCUUUGUGGUGUGGCUGCUGUCCCCUUACACAAAGGGCUCCGGUGUGCUAUACAAGAAAUUUGUUCAUCCCACCCUUUCCUCAAAAGAAAAGGACAUUGAUGACUACAUUUGCCAAGCAAAGGACAAAAGCUAUGACACACUGGUGCAUUUUGGGAGGAAAGGGCUGAAUGUGGCAGCCACAGCUGCUGUCAUGGCUGCAACAAAGGGGCAAGGGGUUCUAUCAGACCGACUCAGGAGUUUCAGCAUGCAGGACCUGUCACAAUACCAGUCUGACCCGGCUGACACCGGCCCCUGCGCGGCUCAGCCCUCAGCGGCUCAGCACCGGACCAGACCCAUGAUGCGGAGCAAGUCAGAGAGUUACAAGGAUUUUGACAUGAGCGAGUUUGAGGUGUUGAGGUUGGAAAAAUUGGACUCUACAGAGUUUUUGUCCCGAUCCCUGUCCACCUCUGACUCCGAAGCCACACCCAUCACACCUCAGUUCACCCCACCCUCCACACCCACUCCACCUGACUCUCCAGCACCCUCGGAGCAGCCUGAGGAGCUGGGGAAGGAGGUGCGGGCAGCAUCGAGCUCUCCACAGCUCAAGCUGAGUAAACGGAAAGCUCCUGAGCCUCCUCUUAGAGUCUUAAGGCCUCUCACAAGAUCCAGGAGUGCUUUUUCCACCAACAAUGAAGCCAUGUGAAACUGUCCUCAAGACUCCUCCAGCUGCCUUUGCUGCAAGAAGUAAAAACACAGAAUGGCCAAAAGCUACAUGACUGAAGCAGCCUUGCUUUGGAAUAUGGUAUUACCAAAGUGACCUAUGAUGACCCCUCUAUAUACAGGAUAUAGCUAGCGGCUCAUGGUUUAAAGAUUACUGUAGAUAGAACAAUCGAAUGAAUGAGCUCCAUGCUGAUAGACAAAGCAUUUGUUUGUUAUUGCGUUUAUGGUUAUGUACAGUUUGUGUGUACUUUAUUAUGAUUUUAUUGUUUUUAUAUAUCAGGUCUGGGGCAGGCAGUCGCAUGUGUGUCUUCCCGGUAGUCAUUAGUCUGCUGUCCAUUAUGUAGAAUGUACUCUCACUGAAAACCACAGCUGGAACUGAGAGGAACACAUAAGAGAAUGUUAUACAAGCCAAGGAUAAUAAAAAAAAAGAGGCAAGGCUGUUUUUAUAUCCCCCUUCAGUCGUUUUAGAGACACAUCCAUUUGCAGAAUUUCUUUCAAAUUAACCGAAAACAUUUACUGAUGAAGCGGCCUAUAUUUGUAAAGAUGUGAAGUCAGACGUCAAUGACCGACAUGAAUCUUAUUUACCUCUAUCCUUUCGCCUUAAAGACAGAUAUAAGUAUCAUAGAUAUUACUGUCUCCACGUGUGGUCUGAUGAUUUCCAACAUAUACGCUCUAUUUAAACUAUUCUUUGUAGCACUUUGUCUAUAAAAAAACACAACUGCCCUCAGUUCUCUGAUAUAGCCAAAAUUAGUUUAUUUGUUGACAUAACUGCUUACUAGUAUUGCUUGUGUUUAUCUUUGUUAACACCUAAUUUCUUAUGUAAUUAUAAAUGUUCAACAGAUAAAAGAAAAACAUUGAGGUUUUUGUGGUGGAACAGACUGAUUUUGACAAUCUAAUGUUCAGUUUCUAAACUUGUUUUUCCUUUUCACUAAUUAUUUGGCAGUUUAAAGUUUAUUACAAGUAGGUCUGGCAGAAUAUUAGGUAUUUACUGCACAGAAACACGGUUCUUUUUCCAUGUUUAAAAUCACUGUGUGAUAUUCUGCCCUUAGCUGAGCAAUGCUAAACCCAGCGCUCAUCUUAUUGCUUCUGCUAUUUUCAAGGAUUGAAUUAGAGUGGCUACAUUGGUCAAAGGUGUGAUGCAUUGUAUGUUUUCAUCCUGUACUUAUUUCUCUGAGCCUGAACCUGGUUUUGCAUAAACCGACACUGUGUUGGUGGGUGGACUUGUGCGGUAGAUUCACAUCAUUGUAUCUGUGUCCUUGACUGUGGUUUGAAACAAAAGCUUCUCAGGUACAACUGUUCUGUUUACACGCCGUUCCCUCUGAUGUUGUAGAUACACUUAGAAUGCAUAUGAAAGAUGACCUUUUAUGGAUAAACUAUGGAGAAAAAAAACUAAUCGUGUUAGAUGUGUCAGUGUUGGAGAUGAUUUCAUUUUGUUUAAAAUCGAUGCAAUGAUGAAGUUGAGAGUAAAGAACGAAAAUUGUUGCAAAUUUGUACACGUGCAUUGACAGAGAUAUUACCAGCAGCAUGACAUUCAUUUUUGUGAAAAUGUAAUAGUUUGUGAUUUUUUUUGUGUGAAAUGCUGGCCUCUUACGAUAUUUAUCUCUGAAUUUUUAUUUCUGUAUAGAAAGAACACUAAAUGUGACGCUGACAGACAUCACUGGAGACUUUCUUCACCUUUUAUCUACUAACUUGUUCUAUAUUUUCUGGCAGGCCAGAACACCCACCUUCAGUUUAGAAUUGAUCAUGGUCAAAACAAAGAGCAGUGUCUGUGAUGACAUUAUUGUUAAUGACAUAUCAAAUUAUGGCUCUAAUACUCGACUUACUGCUGUUGAUUAAGUCAAUUUAGAUUAAUUAAAUCUGGUUUAAAAA